GACGAGAGAUCGAUGAUGAUGAAGAUGCCUUGGAGGAGGAAGAGCAGGAGCUUCCAUCUUCAGCUACAAGGGGAAAUUGGUACCAUUCAAUCUCCAUUCCUAUUCUUAUUUACCAAUUAUUGCCAUUCUUCUACUUCCACACUUGAAGAUGCACGCUUCUUGACAAAUAACUUCAAAUCUGCUUCUUUAACCCGCCUUGAUGAUGCCAUUGCUUCCUUUAAUCAUGUAAUUCAUAAGCAUCCUCUGCCUUCUAGGGUUCAUUUUAAUAGAUUCUUAUCUGCCCUCGUGAAAAUUAAACAAUAUCACACUGUCCUUUCCAUGUCCAAAACAAUUGAAUUGCUAGGAAUCUCUCACGAUCUUUAUUCUCUCAACAUCUUAAUUAAUUGCUUCUGCCGCUUACACCUUGUGGAUUUUGGCUUCUCUGUUUUUGGUAAGAUGCUCAAAUUCGGAUUGGAGCCUACCACUGUGACAUUUAAUACCUUUAUUAAUGGGCUCUGUAUGGAGAGUAAAAUCGAUAAAGCAGUGGAAUUUUUCGAUGAUAUGGUUGCACGUGGUUAUCAACCUGAUGUUUAUACUUACAGUACGAUAAUAAAGGGAAUGUGUAAAUUUGGGAAAACAAAUGUGGCUAUUGGGUUACUAAAGGGAAUGGCUGAUAGAGGUUGUGACCCAAAUGUUGUGACAUACAAUGCAAUCAUUGACGCCCUUUGCAAGGAUGAGCUAGUUGGUGAGGCUUUAGAGCUCUUCUCUCAAAUGAGGAAUAAGCGCAUUUCACCUAAUGUCAUCACUUACAAUAGUUUAAUUCAUGGUGUUUGCAAAUUAGGCCAAAAGAACCAAGCUUUGGCCUUGAUGAAUGAAAUUGUGGAGCAAAACAUAUUACCAGAUGUUUAUACCUUCAAUGUAUUGAUUGAUGCUCUUUGUAAGGAUGGAAUGGUUUCAGAGGCUCAAAAUACAUUCAAUGUAAUGAUUCAAAGAGGUGUAGAGCCUGAUGUGGUCACCUACAAUUCCUUAAUUGAUGGUCUUUGCAUUUCAGACCAAUUCAAGGAAGCUUUGGCCUUGUUGAAAGAAAUGGUGGGGAGGAACAUAUCCCCUGAUGUUUUUACCUUCAAUAUAUUGAUUGACACUCUUUGUAAGAAAGGACUGGUUUCAAAUGCAGAGAAUAUAAUCAAAAUAAUGAUUCAAAGAGGUGUGGAACCUACCGUUGUCAAUUAUAGUUCAUUGAUGGAUGGAUAUUGUCUGUGCAAGCAAAUUGAUAAGGCUAGAAAGCUAUUUGAUCUGAUGGUGACCAAUGAAAUAGCUAACAUUUUUAGCUACAACAUUUUGAUCAAUGGAUAUUGUAAGUGCAAAAUGAUAGAUGAUGCAAAGGAACUUUUUGAUGAAAUGUCUCAUAAAGGUUUAGUUCCUGAUGCUGUUACUUAUCAUACUCUUAUAAAGGGUAUGUUUCAAGCAGGGAGACCCCAAAAUGCAAAGGAGCUCUUUAAGGAUAUGUGCUCUCAUGGUCAACAACCAAAUAUAGUAACCUUCUCAAUUAUGAUUGAUGGCUUGUGUAGACAGGGGAAUCUCGAUGAGGCACUCACACUAUUGAAAGCAAUGGAGAAAAGUCAGUUGAAGCCUAAUUUUGUGAUCUAUAGCAGUCUGAUCAAUGGUAUGUGCAAAGUUGGGAAGAUUAAUGAUGCCAAGGAACUUUUUUCUAGUCUUUUUGAAAUUGGUUUACAACCUGAUGUUUAUGUCUAUAAUGCAAUAAUGAAGGGACUCUGCCAACAAGGAUUAAUGGAUGAAGCGUAUAAGGUAUUUAAAGACAUGGAAAAGGUAGGAUGUUUACCAAAUAAUUGUUGUUAUAAUAUCAUCAUUCAAGGGUUUCUCAGGCAUGAGGAUUUACCAAAAGCAUCAGAACUAAUCAACGAAAUGGUUGAUAAGGGGUUCUCUGCUGAUGAUGCUACCACAGAAUUGGUAGUACAUUUAUCGCGGAAUAAUAAUCUCAUUCUGAGGCUUUUAAAGGUGCGCAAUGAGGGAUCAGCAAACUAAAGUUGUUAUAUCUUGACCAUUCAAGUGUAUCUUGGAGCGCAACUUGACAUGGACUAGAUCUCUUUGAUAUAAGAUUUUUGAUGAAUGGAGGUCAUGGAUUUCUAAUCAUCAAGUUGCUGGUACUUGCAAGGAUAUGACAACAACUUCACCUUUCUAACCAUAAAGGGCGCAGGAUAUACAGUCCCAGAAUACAAGGUAAGAGAAUCAUUAGACUUCUACAGCUGUUGGUUGGAUGAAAUGUCACUAAUGGAUAUAUUUUAGUGUUGGACCACCAUUUGAGUUAUUUAUAUGGUGCAUUUUGCGAUACAUUUGUGUGGUGUUAUGAAUGUGAAACACAUUGUUUCUUACUGUUUGAGAUGUUAGUUAAGUUAGGCAAGAAAAGUUGUUUUGGUUGUUUCUUUUCUCCUUUCAGCAGUAUAUAAUGAGACAUUUUAUGUUUUUACCA